AUGACCUCUAAAGCCUUGGAUGGCAUUGACUCCAAGCUCAUUAGCCUUGGCCACCUUGCUGGACAGCUUGGCGGAUUUGUUGGUCAAAGUGAGAGUGUUAAGAAAGCCGUUGAGAAUGCUAUUAUCGCUGUAAUUAACAGUAAUGAAGAGCUUAAAAAUGAUUACUCUUCUCAUGUUACUAUCCUUUCUGAGUCUGUCAAGCCUGCUGGCAAGGCUGAUGACAACCUAAAAAUUAGUGAGCUUAAAGAUAAAGUUACCACUGAAAUUACGCUUACUGAAGAGGCAAUUAAGAAUCUUAAGCCUACUGAAAAUAACUCUCUUCCUUCCCCCUCUCCCUCUGCUGAGCUAGCCAAAUUGCACUCCAAGUUGGAGGCUUUGAGGAAGGUGGAGAAGCUUUGUGGAUUUUAUGAGAAUCUUAAUACUAAACAAAAUGAUCCUAAAAAGCUCUUAGAUAAUUUAUGUUCCGGCCUCGAAAAAUUCCUCGGCUUCAACUCUGACUCCAAAGGCUACACUGGCCAGGGCAUUGUGUACUCUGACCUUGAUAGGCUUGGUGACGGGGUGAUGGGAUUUUUGAGUGGUGUUCUCAGUAACAUCAAAGGCCAUUUAGGGCAGCAUAAAGGUACUUUAAAUGAUGCAAUUUACACUCUUAACACCAAUAAACACGCCGGUAAAAAAGGUUUUAAUGCUGCGAUUGAAAGUGUGGUCGCAGGGGUGCGGGGGUAUAAUGGUAAUGUAAAAACAUCCAAUGAUCUUGUUAAAACGGCAAUAAAAAAACUUCAAAGGGACAUGAAAAAUUAUAAAAAAGAAGAGUUACAAACUAAAUUGCCAAAUAACAUUAAUCCAAAAAGGCCUACGGCUUCCACCCAAGAGAGUGUGGAGAAGGCAAUGUCCUUGGUGGAGGAUUGUCGAAAAUUUGCAAAAGACUUUAUUACUGCUGUUGACAUUAAAACCAAUAAAAGUGAGACAAUAAACGCGAUAAAAGACUUAAAUCCUAAAUUACGGGAUACAAUUGAGAACGUGCGUAAGAAUUUGCAGCAUGAGAGUAAGCGUCUUAAAGAGUUGUCGAGUAAAGAGAGUGAGAAGUUGAAGGCGACGGAGGAGAAGAUAAAAAAAGCACUUGGAGAUCUCAAAUGCAACGUGAACAAUAGAAUAGAUGUCCAGGUAAACGAGCUGGUAAAUCAUUUGAGGAAAUUGGUGAAGGAAAACAUUUUGCCUAAAUUGCAGGAGGUUGAUACGAAUUUGUUCAAGUAUGUUGAGACGUUGCAGGAGUGGAUUACGGAGGCGGAUGGUAUUCUAAAAAUAGCGUUAGAGAAGGUUAAGAAGAUAUUGCAAGAGGUGAAUUGGGAUGAUCAGACAAAAUUUCCUAGACAAAUCGUUCAGGCAUCUGACCUUAUGAACAUCCUGUUGCAGGGUAACGCAGAGGAGUUGCAAAAAUGGAGAGACGCGGCCGGGAGCGUUGUGAGCGCGGCGAAGGAGAAGUGUAAGACAAUUGGUGGGAUGGUUGAGACUGGAACUGCAGGUAGUGACAAAAUCCACGGGUUGGCUAAAGAUAUGCAUGAUAAGGCAGAGAAGCUCAGGAAGGCGGCGCAGCACAUUAAGGAUAAUAUUGGUACGUGGGUUAGAACAGCGCUUACGCAGGUGAAGGAUAUGGAUGAGGCGCUUAAAGGGGAUUUGUAUAAGGUGAAGGAGGCGGUGGAUGGGCAGGUGACGGAGAUUAAAACGGCGAUUGGGAAGUUGUAUGAUAAAUUUGAUGCAUACGGUAGAGGUCUGCAAAAUAAAGAAGAAGAUAAGAAGAAGGUUGAAGAGGUUAUCAAACAUUUCAAAAUACAAGUUGCAGGUAUUAGGGGUAACGCAAAAGGUUU